CCUUCUUCAUCCUCUUGCGCUCCGUCUUUGGCUUCUCGCCUUUUCCUCGCCAUUCUGGCUCAACCUGCUCAAGAUGGGCAACGAAGCUGCGUCUGAGGCAGAUUCCGCUCCUCCUGCUGCUGCGUCCAGCUCUGGUCUGCCCCCACGCAACAAGAACCAACUCCGGCUGCCCAAGUUCACCUCCAUCGAGCCACCCAACAAGGGUCAGAGCAAUGAUGGUCAAGCAGACAGCUCAGAUGAGGAAGAGAGUGGAGACUCUGCGGCCUUCUUUGCCGCCUCGUCUGCUCCUCAGACGCCCAAUAUCACAGAGGCAGCCCAGCAUCUGCGUCGAUCCCUCUCCAUCCAUGGGCUGCACGAACUGUCCAACAUGCCCUCCAAGGAGAUUCGUCGGUCCGUAGGCAACAAGGUGUGGAGACCCCAUGAUGAGAUUGCCAAGUUGCCAGGAGACUGGGAGCGACUUGCCGUUCACGUCUUUCGUGGUGGAGUUCGAGCUUGGAAUCUAGCCUAUGGAUUGAGAGCGACAAUCAUGCUCGUUCUUGCACUCAUCAAGGGUCUAAGAAGUCGCAAGCUCAAGGGGAAAGACUUGCGGAGUGCAGUCUUUUCCGUUCCCAACUUUCGUUUCGCACUCAUGUUUGCACUUUGGGCUAGUAUCUACAAGACCGUGCACAACUCCCUGCGACUGAUCACGCCCGUGCCUAGACGGCCGCCUAGGAAGUCUCAGUCUGUAGGCGCACUGGACACGGCCACGCAAAGUACACCUCCUCGUGCCGAGCCAGUACCCAUCAACACAGACCCCCGUCCGCACAGCAGCGACUACGGCAGUGGAGACGAGAGCACCCUCACCAGCGCCAAUCGGUCAGGCACUGCCACCCCCCGAAGCGGGUACGAGGAGCUCAAGGGCAAGAGCGAAGAGGACAAGGCCAAGACUAAGUCCAAGCAGAAGAAGCGAGCCUUUAUGAGCGAUCCGCGCAGUAAGAUUUGGCAUGCCUAUGUGGCCGGAGCAGUCAGUGCCGUGGCGGUCAUGGUGGAGACGAAAGAUAGUAGAGUCAGUCUGGCUCAGCAGCUCUUGGUGAGGGGACUGGAAGGGACGUACAAUGUUGCGCAUGAGAAGAAGUACAUCAAUAUCCCCCAUGGAGCGGUACUGGCAUUUGGUCUGGCCUGUGGGCAGAUCAUGUGGGCCUGGCUGAAUGCUCCGGAUACUCUCCCACGAGGCUACAUCAACUGGAUCACAAACGCCUCGAUGAUAGCGCCUUCAGCCCUGCCAGUACAUCGCGCAAUCACGAACAAGUCACCACUCGACGUCGACGCAGUCCUCAAGCCCUACUUUCCCUCUGGCAAGAUUCCCGACCCACGAAAGUCGUCCAGUGGAGCUCUGAGGUUUCCUCAUGUCCCACGGACCAAGAUCAAUCGUCGAGGUAUCGCUGCAGACAAUGUAGCUCUGAUUGCAGAGUGGGCAGAAAAGGCUCGAAAGGGAGACUUGGGAGCGACGGUGCCAUGCUCAUUGGUGCAUCCUUGGGAGAGUAGCCACUUCUGGAGCCCCUUUGAUCGCUUCUUUGAAGUCGUGCGGUGGAUCUUGCCGGUGUACAUGACCCUCUACUUUGUCCCAGCCGUCUUUCUGCGGACGGGGUCAUUCCUCAAGAACCCGCUGCGCGUCUUCCUCCGCUCAGCAUUCGGUUCCCUUCGCUCUUCCUCCUUCCUAGGCGCCUUUGUCAUCAUUUUCCAAACCCUAUUCUGCGCCGCCCACUCUCUACACGAUCGUAUCCUCCUAUCUCCUUACCUCUCCUCCAUUACCCCAACUUGGCUCCUCGCUUUCCUAAAGGGAACAAGCGUACAUUGGCUAGCAGGAUUCGCAACUUCCGCAUCGCUAUUCGUCGAUCAUGCUCGCAGGAGAGCAGAAUUGGCGGCGUAUGUCCUGCCAAAGGGAAUGGAGAGCGCUUGGAGUAUUGCGAGGAAAAGGGGAUGGGCACCAUUCGUACCCGGAGGAGAUCUACUGCUCACUAGCGUGGGUAUGAGUCUGGUCAUGGGCACUUAUGCCCGCAGUCCGGACCACCUCAGUGGACUGGUGAGGAGGAUCGUCUACCAGUUCAUCGGCAGGAAUUGAGUAGUGAGACAAAGGCUCAGCUCGUCGGGAGUGGACGAGAGGGUGAGGAAAGAGGGGAUGGCUGCUAGAUGACUAGAUCGGGGACGCUGAGGGGGUCAGGGGGGGCGGGACGUUUCUCCCGAGGCACGCUGCUGGUUCCCAGUCACAUGUAGAUAUCGAGCACACGAAUUUUCCAC